AUGAGCAUUCUCGGCCGCGUCUACACACCCGGGAUCCGCAAGAACCGCGUAUUCUCAGCAAUGGCGGCAACCGCCCCAUUCGGGUUCUCCCUCGGCGCCAUCCAAGGCGGAGCCCUGUACCAACAUCUACCAUGGAUCUUCGGCUCAAACGCAAUUCUCUGCGCACUACUAUGCAGCGCAGCCUGGGUCGCAAUCCCACCUCUCCGUCCCACCGCCGACAUCGCCGGCAACGAAGCCCCAUCAAUCAAACAAUUCGACUAUACGGGCGGCUUCUGCGCAGCCGGCGGCUGCGUCUGUCUACUUUUCGGACUCACGCAAGGCCCCGUCGCCUCCUGGCCGCCAUACACAUACGUCCUGAUCAUCAUCAGCUUCAUACUCUUCGUAGGGCUUUUCUUCGCAGAACGGAACGCCGUCCGCCCACUCAUCCCAAACCGUCUAUGGCGCACACCAGGCUUCACUCCGCUCAUGGUUGCGUAUUUCCUGGGUUUCGGGUCUUUCUUCGGCUGCUGGCAAUUCUACGCAAUCCAAUUCUGGCUUCGCAUCCAACACGCCAGUCCGAUCACCGUCGCGCUCUACCAUAUUCCCAACGCGCUAGUGGGCGUUCUAGCAACAUUAAUCGUCGCACGAACCCUCCAUCUCGUCCCAGGUCACUACAUCUACACUGUCUCAAUGCUAGCGUUCACACUCGGAUCUGCAUUCUUCCUACCGCAAACCGCCGACACGAGCUACUGGGCGCUUUCAUUCCCGGGUGUUUCACUCGUGACAUUCGGGCCUGAUCUUGCCUUUGCCGCGGCUUCGAUCUUCAUUACUAGUAAUGUGGAACGGUCGUAUCAGGGCAGUGCGGGUGCUUUGUUGGUCACGAAUCAGAAUCUUUCGGCGGCAAUUAUUACCAGUGUUGCUGAUACGAUUGGGACGAGGGUUGAUAGUGGGCCGUCUGGGGAGAUUGGGCUUGAUGGGUUGCGUGCGAUUUGGUGGUUUGCGCUUGCGGCGCAGUUGUGUGCGGCUUUGAUUACGAUUGUUUGGGUUAGGAUUCCGAAGGAGGAGGAGAAGGAGCAUGUUACUUGA